AAAAGUCUUGUCCUUUCGAACAAAGUAAAGAGUUUGGGGGAAGACCGGAGAUGACGGUGAGACAGAAAGCUAUGUCGACGUUGCCGAAGCUGAUUCGAGCCAUGAGAAAGGAAGCUCCCAAGCAGCAGCAAAACCUCGUCUUGCCAUCUCUGAGAAGAGCUUUCUCUCUCUACGAUCAGAUCAAUCUCAUCGACAACGUUCCAGAGGAUCAGCUUCGGUUUCAGGAAUUUGAUGAGACGAGUUUCACGGUGAAUGGGGUUAAGUACGAUGGCAGCUUGCUCUGUGUUGGGAACUUGCUGAUGUCAUGGAGCCCUCGUAGCUUCUCCGAGAUCACAACCGACAGCUUGUCAAUUUUCCAGACUGUUAGACCAAUUCCAGAGCUGUUAAUUGUGGGUUGUGGAAGAUACAAUCAUCCAGUGAAUCCCCAAGUCCGUCAGUUUGUGAAGUCAAUUGGCAUGAAGCUAGAAACCUUGGACUCUAGAAAUGCUGCAUCGACUUACAACAUACUGAAUGAGGAAGGCAGGAUAGUGGCGGCUGCGUUGCUUCCUUAUGGAGUUAUACAUCCUAACUCUUAACCUCGGCAGAACCAAACUUUGAACAACUCGAGAUUAUCUUUUUUUUUUUUUGUUAAAAACACCAGCACGGUCUGUAAAUGAAAUCUUUCACACUUAAUUGUUUUUUCGAAACUUUUCUUGUCUUGUUGUAGCUUGAAUAAAAUUGAGCUUUCUCUGGAAACAAACAGCAGUUUCCUGCUUUAUAACUUAAGUACCUGGAAGAAAGA